CCAUUUCAAAUAUUUCCCUAUUCAGUGGUUUGAACAGCCACCAACAUGAAAGGACAUGCAGCACUAAUUUUAGGGCUGCUUGCCUUGGUUCAUUCACAAUCUUUGUACACCGGCCCAGUUGAAUAUCUUCAAACUGUCACUGUGCAAAACACUGUGGUUACAUCCAACAAUGCUGGCACGCAAGAAUUAACAACUGUGCGCCCAAAUAUGACUAUAAAUAAUUCUUCAACCACGCUUGAAGAAGACGAAGAAGGGGAUUAUGGCGAUGAAUUUGACAACAUGACGGCCAUAUCUAAUGAAUGCAAAACAUUUUUGGCCAAUUUAACAUUUGAGUUGUCAAAGGACAAGCAAGUGUGGGACAGCGCCAGAUAUUUCUGUCACAAAAAGGGGAUGGAACUUAUUACUGUUGAUACAGAACAAAAGAGCACUUGUCUCCAAGAAUUUUUGCAAAAUGAGGAAAUGCGCGAUGUAAAAUUUUUAACUGGUCUCCAAGUCAAUUCGGACAAAACCGGAAUUUGGUCGGCCGACAAAAGCAAGGCCACAUACAUAGGCUGGGCUGACAGUUCGCCAGCAAAAUUCAAAUGCAUGGCACUUUGGCGUGACGCUGCCUACAAUGUUGAUUGCAAUGAAGUCAACAUGUACAUUUGCGAGAAAAAUCCAAAUGCAGCCGCAGUACCCGAAAACCUUCAAGAUCUUUGCAAAAAAGACGUCAAGUAUGAAAUUGUGACUCAGCCGGCUAACUGGGCUACAGCAAGAUUUAUUUGCAAUAGCAAGAAAAUGGACCUUGUGAGUUUGGAGACGUUUGAGGAGAAUUUGUGCAUUUUGGACAAAUUAAUCAAAGCUGAGAUGUCCCUUAAAGCUGUUUUUACGUCUUUGAGUAUAAACGAGGGCGAAAAGAAUUUCACCUCGUGGGCAAGUAAGGAGAUGUUAAGCUACUCCGUUUGGGGAUCAGGACAGCCGAAUGAUUACAAUGGAAAGGAGAAAUGCAUGGCCCUAUAUAAAAAUGCAUGGCAUGACAUUAAUUGUGAAAAUGAAUCACCGUUUAUAUGCGAGAGUGUUAAUUACAAUGUACCAGCUCCUUGCAAGGACGGCGAGAGCGCAAAAUAUACUGUUUCUACAACUACUGCAACCAACGACAUAGCAAUGAAACAAUGUCUUAUAAUGGGACAGCAACUCGUUUCUAUUGAAAGUUUGGAAGAAAACAAUUGCGUCAAAUCGCUCAUUAUAAAUGCCAAUUUGACGAACAAACAAGUUUGGACUUCCUUGAAUGCAACCAGCAAAGUCUGGGGCAACGGCGCCCCUAUGACUUUCACCAACUGGCAAAAGGGCGAACCGAAUAACCCUUCCAAAGAGUUCUGCAUGUCGAUUAUGAGAAAUGGUUGGUACGACAUGGGAUGUCAGAUGUGGACUAAUUACGUUUGCGAAACGCCGGAAACACCAGCACCAACUUGCAACAUGGAUAAUUACAAGAUUCCAGAUAAUAGAGCUAAUUGGAGGCAAGCGCGUAAUAGUUGUCGUAAACUAGGAAUGCAGUUGGUGAGCUUGGAAACGCCGCAGGAGAACAUUUGCGUCAUGAAAGCGAUUGAAAAUUCCGGAUUGUCAACGGUGCCGGUUUUUACAUCACUGAACAUAAUUAAUGGCGAGAAACAAUAUACGAAAUGGGAUAGUGGGGCUCCUUUGUCGUUCAACGACUGGGCAGUCGGACAGCCCAAAAACAUGAACGAAGAAAAAUGCAUGGCAAUGAACAAAUAUUACUGGAUUAACACAAACUGCUACAGUGAGAAUCGCUACAUUUGCGAGAAAUCGUCGUCAGAAGCUCAAACUCAAAGUGAAAAAGAGUGCCAGCCAGGUUCAAAAUAUAGUGUAACACAGACAAAAGCAAAUUUCUGGAAUGCUCGUAAAAUAUGCAAGAAAAUGGGAAUGGAUUUAGCAAGCUUGGAAACUUUGGAGGAAAGCAACUGCGUCAAAACUGAAAUCGAGAAAGCAGAUUUGUCAACCAAGGCUGUCUUCAUUUCAUUAUCUGGCUUUGGGGGAAAGACUUUCACAAAAUGGAUCAAUGGAAAGGACAUGACAUACACUGAAUGGGCAAAGGGUGAACCAAACAACCCUAACACUGAGAAAUGCGUUGUUAUGAUGCGCGAUAAAUGGUACGACACACAGUGCCAGGGGGAAAACUAUUUUGUUUGUGAGGGUAAUGAUAAUAAUGCAGCGGUCAUGGCCGCCGACCCUUGCAGUACAGCCUUGUCGAAAUCAAAAUACAACAUUGUAAAAAAUGCAAAAAUUUGGAGCGCCGCUCGGACCGAUUGCACCAAGACCAAAGGUCAAGAUUUGGCAAGUUUCGAAACGCCACUCGAAAAUUAUUGCUUUGAAUUUGUCUUGGCGGACGCUGACAUGCUGAACAAGCGUGUUUUCUCCUCUUUGACUAUGUACAAGCAGAAAAAUUUCACAAAGUGGAUCAACAAUGCUCCCCUAAGCUACAAUGAUUGGGCCAAAGGUCAACCUUCCAGUUACAGGAGUUGCAUGGUUCAUUACAACUCUGAUUGGUACGAUGCCGAUUGUGCAUCAAAGAACUUUUACGUUUGCGAAGCACCUGCAGACCAAAAUCAAUGAGGAAAAUUAACUUGAUGAUUUAAUAAAAAAUUUUGAGUUACUAUGGGUGUCGGCUGGGUUCAUUAUGAGGCAUUUUUUUAUCCUUUUUCAAAUAAAAUUAAUUGCAAUACUCAUUAUUAA